CUGUUCCACUUGUUCAAUCCCUUUCCUUCAGUUUUGUGGGAGUUAAAAAAAAAAAAAAAAUUUAGUGGCAACAGUGAAAAAUUCUGUUCCACUUGUUCAAUCCCUUUCCUUCAGUUUUGUGGGAGUUAAAAAAAAAAAAAAAAUUUAGUGGCAACAGUGAAAAAUUCUGUUCCACUUGUUCAAUCCCUUCUUGAUUUAGUGUUUUGUUAGCGUGGAAUUUGUACUUGGUGGAGAUUGUCUCCUGCAUAUCAUAAUUUGUUGGUUUCGAUUGGUUGAUUUUUUAUUAGUAGAGUCUGGAAAUCUUUCACUUGGAGAUUUGGUGUGUUGAACUUCAAAAUAUGUCAGAGAUGGGGGUUUUGUUUCGUGAUUUGCGUUUUCUGAUCUUCGAAAUGGUUAAAGAUGGGUUCUUUACUGUUUGCUUCAAAGCAGAAAGUUUUAGUUUCUUGUUGUUGUUUUAUGUACACUCUUUGAUGGACAUAUGGUGUUUGAGUAAUCUUCUGUUACGAGAUUAUGAUCAAAUAUGUGACUAAAAUGUGUGAUGUGUUGCUAUUGUAGGUGCAGCAAAGCAAAAGAUGGUGCCAGUGGAAGGAAAGAAUCGCCGUGCUCUUAGAGAUAUUGGAAACCUCGUACCAGCUCCUGCUGCAGAUGCGAAAACCCGGGUUAUGACUCGACCCAUAAGGGGUGGCAAGUUACUGGUCAAUGGUGGUAAACCUGCAGACAAGCAGAAGGAAGCAAUUGUUGAAGGAGUGGCUGGAAACGUCAGGAAGAAUGCUUGUAAGCCAAAACCUUAUGAAGUAAUCGUAAUAAGUUCUGAUGAUGAAGAAGACGAUUGCAGAGAUGAAGUUCUCAGGAGUGGAAGUGGGCUUAGGUCAGUUAGUUCAAAGAGGGCUGGCGGAAAGAGUGGAAGAACCUACACUUCUACCCUACUAGCUAGAAGCAAGGUCGCAUGUGGGAUUGUGAACAAAUCGAAGGAUUUAAUAGUAGACAUUGAUGCUGAAGACAUAAAUAAUGAAUUGGCAGUUGUUGAAUAUGUGGAGGAUAUGUAUAAUUUCUACAAGGAAACUGAGGAAUGUGGCCGAGUUUAUGACUACAUGGGUUUACAGCCUAACAUCAACGCCAGAAUGAGGGCUAUUCUUGUAGACUGGUUGAUAGAAGUACAUAGGAAAUUUGAAUUGAUGCCAGAAAGCUUGUACCUUACUGUCAACAUAAUGGACAGAUUCCUCGCCAUGAAGACUGUCCCAAGAAGUGAACUUCAGCUAGUUGGCAUGGGUUCAAUGCUUGUAGCUUGCAAAUAUGAAGAAAUCUGGGCGCCAGAGGUCAAUGAUUUCAUAGCUAUAUCAAACAAUGCUUAUGUGAGGAACCAUCUAUUAGUCAUGGAGAAAUCAAUUCUGGGUAAGCUGGAGUGGAAUUUGACAAUUCCAACACCAUAUGUCUUUCUGGUCAGAUAUAUAAAGGCCUCUCUACCGUAUGACUCUGAGCUUGAGAACAUGGUGUUUUUCUUCGCUGAGCUCGGUUUGGUCAACUAUUCAACAACCAUACUUUACCGCCCUUCUAUGUUAGCAGCCUCUGCAGUGUAUGCUGCACGUUGCACUCUCAACAAGACUCCAUUGUGGACAGAGACACUUAAGCACCAGACUGCCUAUGCUGAAGACCAGUUAAUGUAAGAUGAUUCAUUGUCUUCACCUUUUGUUUUCAAUUGUUUUUUUUUUUUCAUUAAAAAUCGAUUGAAUUGACACCAUUUUCCUUGUUGGCAUUCUUUUCUCUCUGUGUAGUGAUUGUGCUAAACUUUUGGUGAGUUACCACUCUCAGUGUGGUGCUGCAGAAAACAAGCUCAAGGGAGCAUACAGUAAGUAUUCAAGUCCAGACAGAGGAGCUGUUGCACUAUUUCCACCUGCAAAAAGUCUUCUUUCCAUGGAAGCAUCCUCAUCUUGAAUCAACUCCUAAUAAUGAUUAACUUCUGAGUAUCAUUGAUGUCUGUGCUGAUUAAGACUUUUUAGGGCACCAUAUUAUGUAGUUUGUUAGUUACUACAACAGAGCCCCCAACUAUUAGUUUGAUUUUUGCGGUCUGAUUGAUAUCAUCACCAUGUAAAAAGUUGACAGCAUUUGUUAAUUCAAUCCGUUUCUCAUGUAUAAAAAUGCAGCUGAUGUCAUUUUGAAAUACUGAUGCUGAGAGGUAGUGUCGUUGUUAUGGAAUUUACUCUAUUUUGUUGCUUAGAAGUAGUGUCAUCAUGGAAUUCUACUGUAGCGCAACUCAACUCCAGCUAGAUAAUCAAAAUGGUCCGAGUAAAGCUCUCUAGCUAGAUAAUCAAAACUCGGAUCAAUUCACAAUGGAAUCAACUCAAGCGAACCAUGAACUUCGGAGCGAGUUGCUCACAAUAAACUCGAUUUCACAACCC